GAAAGUCCCUUGGACCUGUCGGCGCUGGAGGCGCUGGGCCUCGCUUCCAGCGCCGCCGAGAGCGCCCAGCGCCAGGGCAGGGUGCAGGGACUGCUGGAAGACAUUGCUGCCAGACACAACGGGGACAUGCAGACGCUGCUCAUCUUCGACCGCCUGUUCCGAGAGGAUUCCGAGGGCUGCUUCGGAUUUCUGACAGAUGUGACGGUGGCCGGGAUGCGGGUGCCGAACCCCAAGAAAGCCUUCCUGGGUCGCAGCCUCGCUGCUCCAGGUGGCCUGCGAUUUGGUCUGGUCGGUGCUCACUUUCCAAUUACCCAACUGGCAGACAUUCUGGACUGCAAAGACCCUGGGCGCACGGAGACACUCGGAGCUAAGGGGGCCAUGCCGGGCAAAGGCAUGCGGGUGUAUGGUUCUGUGAGGACAGCCUUUUUCUUCGACCCUGCCUGGAGCAUCUUGCUGACCUGGUGGCCCGCACUGGUGCUCAGACGCUCGGCCGCGCGAGUUCUGGCCUUUCCCCUCAGGAUAGUGCUGUCGUCUUCCUGGCGCUUGGAUCCCCAGAGCCUUGAGGAGCGUGGGAAGGAGGUCCGGCGCCAGCUGCGCCGGGUGGAGUUGGAGCUUUUGGACACCACACGCCGGGACUCGUCCUUGGGCCCUGCCUCACGAGCGGAGGUCACCAUAGUGCAUGAUAUUCUGCAGCUGGUGCUCAGACCAACGGUCACCGGGGGCUUGGAUGCCAUGGCUGAUGGCGCCGCCAAGAGACCGCGGACUGAGUCCGUGCCAUGGGCGCCACGGAAGGGAUGCCCUGUGGGCGCCUUGCUGUGCGACGCCCCGCAGCUGCCGAAACUCUUCGCCUUGUUGGGGCCGCUGCGGUUUGCGCGGCCUAAGGGGGUGCGUGAUCACCAGGGCAAGAAGGCGGUGCACUUGACCAUCGAAGGCGCCACCGCCUUCUGCUGGGGACAAGUGCCCGAAGCCUUGGCCAAGUUCCUCGAGGAGGCGGAGAUCCAGUUCCUCCCGGGGCUGCGGCUCGGUGCGCAGCCCUACCGGGGCUCAAGCACGCCCAAAAGCGAAGCCGCACUUCCAGCGGCGGCGUUCCGCUUCGUGGAGCUCUUUGCGGGGGUCGGGGGCUUCCGCCGGGCCCUGGCGCCGCUGGGGGGGCGCUGCGUCUUCGCGGCGGAGCUGGACGUGGACUGCCAGGAGGCCUACGCGGCCAACUUCGGGAGCUCGGAGCUCUAUGGGGACCUCACCUGCGUGGAGGAUUUCCCGCGCCACGAGCUGCUCACCGCGGGCUUCCCCUGCCAGCCCUUCGCCCGGCGCGGCCAACGCUUGGGCUUCGAGGACGCGCGGGGGGAGCUCUUCUUCGAGAUCCUCCGGGCAUUGCACCAGCGACAGCCCAGGGCCUUCCUGCUGGAGAAUGUGUGGAACAUGCAGUUCCUGGACGGCGGGUGCUGGGACCCGGUACCUGAGCGCUGCACCUUUGGGGCGGUCUACAAGAAGGUGGUGGCGUCUUUGGAGGAGGCUGGCUAUGAGGUCCGCAGCAAGCAAAUCAACUCGGAAGGCUGGGUCCCCCAGCGCAGGGACCGCGUGUACCUCGUGGGCUUUCGUGACGCCUCGGCGGCCCAACGAUUCCAGUGGCCGGCGCCGCCCAAGCACGCGAACCGCUGCGUCCAGGACGUGCUGGAGGAUUCCGGCAGCGAUUCGCCGCGGCGCUGCGAGCUCACAGAGACGCAAUGGGCUCAGGUGCAGAAGAGCUCCACCUGGCUGAGCGGGGGCCAGGAGCUGCGCUUUGCACAGCUCCAGGGGAAGGCGCGGACGCUCACCGCCAGCUACAAGGCCUCUUACGCCUGCACCGCGGAGCUGGUCGCUCCAUCGGCGGGAGGUCGGCCCCGGUUCUUCACGCGCCGCGAAGCCGCACGGCUCAUGGGCUUCCCCGAGGAGCACGUCUUUGCUAACCGGCGGCUCGCCAAACUGGCUGAAGCCUUUGCAUGGCUGGCUCACUUCUUGAGUUCAUGA